AAUCCCACCCCGAGAAUCUCUCCGCCUCACAAACGAGUCCUCCCACCGCACGCAAGCCACGAGCAGAGAGUCCACGAGUCGCCAUGGCGAGCAAGCAGAGCCUCCGCCUCGUCCUCGCCGCCGUCGCCGUCGCCGCCUGCCUCCUCCUCCUCCCCGCCGCCUCGGCCGCCACCUCCGUCGAGUACUGCAAUAAGGGGAAGAAGUACCCGGUGAAGGUGAGCGGGGUGGAGAUCGUGCCCGAUCCGGUCCAGCCCGGCCAGCCCGCCACCUUCAAAAUCUCCGCUUCCACUGAUAAAACCAUCAAGACGGGGAAGCUGCAAAUUGAUGUCAAGUAUUUCUUCUUCUCCGUGCACUCGGAAACUCGCGACAUCUGUGGAGAGACUACCUGUCCAGCAACUGGCAACUUCGUGCUCUCUCACGGGCAGACAUUACCGAGUUUCACUCCACCGGGUUCUUACACCAUCACCAUGAAGAUGCUGGGGGACAACAACGAGGAACUGAGCUGCAUCUCGUUUGGGUUCAGCAUCGGGUGGGUUGCUUCCAGCUGAAUGGAUGCAUCUGAGGCGAGCACCGGAAAUACCCAAUGGAUGUAAUUAUGAACCACACUGUAUCCUAUGACUCCCAGUAGUGCUGAGGUCUUAUGUACGCUUCGAGGGUGUCGCGAGACUUACUGUUCAACUAAGACGUUUUUUAUCCAGAGUUGAACGUCACAAUAAAGCAAAAUCUGGUUAUCAUGAAACGA